CCGCGGGCGGAAGCGCGGGCGGGCGGUAGAGGCGGCGCGGCCCCCUCAGAGGGGCGCUGGUGCGCGGGCUGAGGCGCCGCGGCGGGGUAGGGACGCGAGCGCUGCGCGAUGAGCGGCGCCGGGGACCGCGGCCCCGAGGCGGGCGCUGCCCGGGCCGAGUCCCCGGGCGCGGCGCUGAGCGUGGACGUAGCGGGGCUCCUGGCGCAGCUGGCGCGCAGCUUCGCGCUGCUGCUGCCGGUGUACGCGCUGGGCUACCUGGGCCUGAGCUUCAGCUGGGUGCUGCUGGCGCUCGGGCUGCUCGUGUGGUGCCGGAGGAGCCGCGGCCUCAAGGCGACCCGCCUGUGCCGCGCGCUGGCGCUGCUGGAGGACGAGGAGCGCGCCGUGCGCCUGGGGGUGCGCGCCUGCGACCUGCCGGCCUGGGUUCAUUUUCCAGACACUGAGAGAGCAGAAUGGCUAAAUAAGACCGUAAAACACAUGUGGCCUUUUAUUUGCCAGUUUAUAGAGAAGUUGUUUCGAGAAACCAUAGAGCCAGCUGUGCGAGGAGCAAACACCCACCUCAGCACCUUUAGUUUCACAAAAGUUGAUGUGGGUCAGCAGCCACUCAGGAUCAAUGGUGUGAAGGUGUACACUGAAAAUGUGGACAAAAGGCAAAUUAUUUUGGACCUUCAAAUUAGUUUUGUAGGAAACUGUGAGAUUGAUUUGGAGAUCAAGCGAUAUUUUUGUAGAGCUGGUGUGCAAAGUAUACAGAUUCAUGGUACAAUGCGGGUGAUCCUGGAACCGUUGAUUGGAGACAUGCCCUUAGUGGGAGCCUUGUCUAUCUUCUUCCUUAGGAAACCACUGAUAGAAAUUAAUUGGACAGGACUGACGAAUCUUCUCGAUAUCCCUGGAUUAAAUGGUCUGUCAGAUACCAUCAUUCUGGAUAUAAUAUCAAACUAUCUGGUGCUUCCCAAUCGGAUCACCGUUCCUCUUGUCAGUGAAGUUCAAAUAGCACAGUUGCGGUUUCCUAUACCAAAGGGUGUCCUAAGGAUACAUUUUAUCGAAGCUCAGGACCUUCAGGGGAAAGAUACUUACCUUAAGGGACUCGUCAAGGGAAAGUCGGACCCCUAUGGGAUUAUUCGAGUCGGCAACCAGAUCUUCCAAAGCAAAGUCAUCAAAGAGAACCUCAGUCCGAAGUGGAACGAGGUAUACGAGGCUUUAGUCUAUGAACAUCCCGGACAGGAAUUAGAGAUUGAGCUCUUUGACGAAGACCCGGACAAGGAUGACUUCUUAGGAAGUCUUAUGAUUGAUCUUAUUGAAGUUGAAAAGGAGCGCCUUUUAGAUGAAUGGUUCACCCUGGACGAGGUCCCAAGAGGAAAGCUGCACUUGAAACUGGAGUGGCUCACGUUGAUGCCAAAUGCUUCAAACCUCGAUAAGGUGCUGACAGACAUCAGGGCUGACAAAGGCCAAGCCAAUGAUGGUCUUUCCUCUUCGUUGCUGAUCUUGUAUUUGGAUUCAGCAAGGAACCUUCCGAGUAUCUACGAGGGAAACUUUGGGUGUGGCUACUUAAAAGAGAGGCGAGCGUCGGGACUAGUGUUUUGUGAAAAUACUACCUCAGUCUAUAGAGCACUAUUUAGUAACCCAUUAGAAUUUAACCCUGAUGUCUUGAAGAAGUCUGCAGUUCAGAAAGCUUUAAAGUCAGGGAAGAAAAUAAACAGCAAUCCAAACCCUCUUGUCCAGAUGUCAGUUGGACACAAGGCCCAGGAGAGCAAGAUUCGGUACAAAACCAACGAACCUGUAUGGGAAGAAAACUUCACCUUCUUCAUUCACAAUCCCAAGCGCCAGGACCUUGAAGUCGAGGUCAAAGAUGAACAGCAUCAGUGUUCUCUGGGGCACCUGAAGAUCCCUCUCAGUCAGCUGCUUACCAGCAAUGACAUGACCAUGAACCAGCGAUUUCAACUCAGUAAUUCAGGUCCAAACAGCACUCUGAAGAUGAAGAUCGCCCUCAGGAUACUCCACCUUGAAAAGCCAGAAAGGUCCCCAGACCACCAACACUCAGCUCAAGUAAAGCGACCCUCUGUCUCCAAAGAAGGGAGAGAAAUAUCUGUCAGAUCUCACGUGUCCGCAUCGCCGGGCUCCGGUGAUGGCAGCACAGCCCCGUGCACACCAGUCGUCGGGGGCAGCGAUAAGCCUGGCGUGGAAGAGGGGGCCCAGCCUGUGGAGGCCAGCCCCCAAGGCCCACGCGACCUGGGCAGGAGCUCCUCCAGCCUCCAGACCAGUGCCACCUGCUCCCCCAGCCACAUCUCCAUUAAGGAGCCCACUCCAAGCAUAGCCUCAGACAUAUCCCUGCCCAUCGCCACCCAGGAGCUUCGGCAGAGGCUGCGGCAGCUAGAGAAUGGGACGACACUGGGGCAGUCGCCCCUGGGGCAGAUCCAGCUGACCAUCCGACACAGCUCGCAGAGAAACAAGCUUGUGGUGGUCGUGCACUCCUGCAGAAAUCUCAUUGCCUUCUCUGAAGAUGGCUCUGACCCCUAUGUCCGCAUGUAUUUGUUACCAGACAAGAGGAGGUCAGGAAGGAGAAAAACACACGUGUCAAAGAAAACACUGAACCCCGUGUUUGACCAGAGCUUUGAUUUCAGCGUUUCAUUACCAGAAGUACAGAGGAGGACGCUGGAUGUAGCAGUAAAGAACAGUGGUGGCUUCCUGUCCAAAGACAAAGGGCUUCUUGGCAAAGUGUUGGUCGGUCUGGCGUCCGAAGAACUGGCCAAGGGCUGGACCCAGUGGUACGACCUCACAGAAGAUGGCACGAGACCACACGUGGUGACGUAGUCCCUGCCGGGCACGAGGAGCCCCCCCCCCCCCCCCCCCCGGUGUGCCAACCACCUUCGUGCGCUCGCAGCGCACCCUCCCACAGACGUACCAAUAUUGUUUUUAUAAUUUCAAUGUAUUUAGUUAUACAUAUCUUAAUAGUUUUAUAAAACAUGUUGACGUUUUAGGCAUAUUUGGCCAAUAUUAUCAUUAAAUUUUAUAUGUUUAAUUUCCUGUAGUAUUUGCCGGUUAUUCUAGCGUAUAAUAGGGUAGUAGUUAGUUACCGUGUCGCGUAAGGCUGUAUGUCCGUUGUAUCGACGAGGAAGCAGAUCUAUGUAUAUGCUUUACUGUUGCCUUGUUUUGUACAUCGCUGAGGUACACUCUGCCAUGUAAAUAGACUAUUUUUUAUAAUCUCUACCUGCUGGUUUGAACUCUGAAGAACAUGGAUUAAGGAAAUAUAUUUUUUUUCUAAGACUUAUUAAAUUCUUAUGACACAUAAUCAUUUUGUCUUUGCAGGAAAAGUUCUCAGUGACCAAUUUUGUGGUAUUUUUCUUUUUAAAAAGGAAAGCUGAAAGAUUAAAUAUUAAAUAAGUAUAGUUCUGCCCAUCACGAAUGAAGAAAAUAUUCAAAAUAUUACCACUUUUAUAAAUAUAAAUAUGUAUUUUUGAGAAGUCAGAUGAAGUGCUUCUAAGGAAAAAUGUGUAACUGAGUAAUACAUAAUACUAAGAGGAUGUCAUGUCAUCAUGGUGCACUAACUUGAAGUUUCUUCCGUGAAAUGUCUUAAUUGCUCGAUAGAAUGUAUUCAUGAAAUAGUACACAGAUACACAGUUAUACUUCCUAAAAUACAACCCAAAUUUUCAGUGUUAGCAGUUAGGCUGUUGUGAAAUAGUCGGUCAUAAGGUUUGUUAGUUUUCAGUGUUUUCCCAGCCUGUGAAGACAGAGACAGGCUCACGUGGUCACCAUAGAGUUUGUGGGGUGGAUCUGGGUAAGGAGGAAGUUGUUUUAAACCAACAGCUCAUUCAUUCACCUGUCAGUGUGACAUCAUAGGUUGACAGAACCCCUGAGGUGGCCUUGGCUUCCUUUUGCCCAACACAGAGGCCACUCUUGGGGCCACAGGGUUCCAGCACGGCGGCUGGUGAUUGUAAUUAACCGUUUCCGGGGUUUCCUCACUUUAUGCCGUGACUGACCUCAGUAUUGGGAUAUUGUUAUACAGUUUCUGUUUUGGAAUAUGUUUUUCUGUUUAGAUUACUAAAAGCAUGUUUUACAUCCUCGAGUCCCAGACCUCUUGGGGGUUGAGGCUCCGUGGCAGUGUCUAAGCCGUGCUCGCCUGUGAGAAACACGCACGGACUCAGAAAGAGUUUUCAGUAUGUUAAGCUGUAUGGUGCAAAUGAGUCCUUAGCUAUCAGAACAUUCUGAAAUCAUGUGUGAGGACAUUGGGGAAAUCGAGCUUUGUGGUUGAAACUGGGGAUCUUACCAUGAAUCCCUCCACGGACUCGUGGGCGGCCCGUGUGACCAAACACACCAAAGUGCCUGUGGUGGAUGCUGGUUGUUACCUUGCGUACUUCUGCCUGCCAACAGAUCUUACCCUUCUUUUAGUUCACACUUUAAACCGGAGGUUUAUAUAUAAUGGAGCCUAUAGCCUCACAACACAGUUCAUGUAAUCAUAAAGACCAGUGUAAUCUCCCUGCUUCCUACUUGAUGGAACUUCACUAUAAAGCCUCAUUAUAAACCAUUUCCCAUGUUAAUGUACAGGAGGAAGUGGAUGAAUAUAUUGGUGCCCACAAAACAUUUGACUGCGGUGGUGUUUUAGCAGCACGAUAAAGGCAGGUAAUUACUUAAUAAACCUAGUCGUCGGUCCAUGGUAUUAGAUUUAUUGAAGAUUUUUUUUCAGUUGAGUCUGUUGAAGGGCCUCUGGCAUAAUCUACAAAAAGGGAACGACCGCUCACUGGGAUUUACAAUACCAGUAAUUUUUACCAACAUCCCGAACAUCUGGGUUUUGCCUUGUGCUCACCUUGCGGUAUGUAUUCACCUUAUGCAGCGCUCUAAGCAAUUAGGCAAAAUAAGUACAAGGAAGAGUAUAAAGCCAGUGGCAGCAUGACACCCGCCUUGUGCCGCAGGGACGGAGGAGCCUGGAGAUGGACCUUGGCAGCGGGCUUCCUUCUCUUUAGAAGGAAAGGGACGAUUCUGAGGACGUAAAACAAAAAAACUUUUCCAGGUGUGAUUCUGUCCUUCACGGCCAAAUGAGCGGUCAGUGGGAAGCUGUGGUAUUCCGUGGGAAGGACUGAGAAUUCCGCUCACGGCCGGACUCCGCACUCCAGGGUCCCCAGAUCGGCAUCCCUGCUCCUUAAUGACCGAUUCGUCUAGGAAAAGGGAACGUUAACUUCUCUGUAUUGAGCCGAAUCAACGGGAGGAAAAUUAACUUACACAGAUUUGAGUUCUGUUUGUCCAUGUGGGUUGCUUCUCCUGUGCCUUAGCGUAUGGAAGUGUGACGCCGGUGUUUCCAAGUUCCAGAUCGUUGCUGUACUCACCGCAACUCUGUUCUGUGCUACGAGAUAGUGUUCGUCAGGAGGUCAGCCCUUUUUCUUCAGGAACCGAAGCUCAGUGGAGACCAGCGUAUAUGCGCGUUUAUACUCGGGCUGUCCGCCACUGCAGAUGGAAAACAGCAGAGGGCUUUUUUUAAUUGUUAUUAGAGAAUGUCCUUUUUGAUCAACUAAUUUUACAUGACCGUGCAUGUAUUUAUUCAAUAAACUCUUACGUUAGCUCA